AUGUCAGAAAAAGGCGCUGAAAAGUCUCAAAGUUCAACAAAUGAAGUCGAGGAUCCAGAAAAUAGUGCUAGCCAGAGUGAAAAUAAAGACGAGGGUGGUGUUGUGCCUCCGCAUGAACUCCGCCAUCCGCUGCAGCAUCGAUGGGCGCUCUGGUAUCUCAAGGCCGACCGAAACAAAGAUUGGGAAGAAUGCCUAAAACAAGUAGCCGUUUUUGAAACAGUCGAGGAUUUUUGGUCACUUUACAAUCAUAUUCAAACAGCUAGUGGACUCAGCUGGGGCUCUGAUUAUUAUCUUUUCAAAGAAAAUAUUCGUCCAAUGUGGGAAGAUGAAAGUAAUGUGAAAGGAGGAAGGUGGCUUGUUGUUGUCGAUAAACAAAAAAGACAGCAACUUCUUGAUAAUUAUUGGCUUGAGUUGUUGAUGGCGAUUCUCGGAGAACAAUUCGAGAAUCAUGGAGAAUACAUUUGUGGAGCGGUCGUCAAUGUACGACAAAAAGGCGAUAAGGUAUCCCUAUGGACGAAAGAGGCGGAAAAGGAUGACGUGAAUUUGAGAGUUGGACAAAUAUUGAAAGCAAAACUCAAAAUUCCUGAUACGGAUCCGCUUCGGUAUGAGGUGCACAAGGAUUCACAGAGAAGAACAUCGUCAAUGGUUAAACCACGCAUUGUUAUUCAGGGAGCUCAGGGAGCAACUCGACCAGCAAAAGAAGUCACUCAU